UCGUAAAUUUACAGUCUCUUUCCCAGUUUCUGAUGAAUGCUUCUUUUGAUCAAAAACACUAUCAGGAACUUUAUAUUUACAGUCCUGUUUCAAUACCCAGUCAUUGUUGUGGGUGGUCUAAGUUAAGCGCGUGUUUGACAUGCGAGUGAGAUUAAUUUAUUCCAAUCUCAAAUUCUCAAUCAAUGGAGUCCAUGCACGAGCAGAACUAGUCACCCAGACAUUGUCUCUUCAAUGAAACCCAACUCUAUAAAACUCGUGUGAAUCACUUCAUUCUUUCCCAUCAAACGCGAUCAGAGUCAACUCUCCAUUGAAACACCACAGAUCAGAAAAUUCACUUUCUCUGAGAAAACAGAAUUUGUUUUAAGAUUUGAAAUCGAUGGCGCCGUACGAGAAGGAUCUCAAUCUCAAAGCAACUGAAUUGAGAUUGGGAUUACCAGGAAGCGAUGAGCCUGAGAAACAAUUGUCUGGAAGUUUAAACAGUAACAACAAGAGAGCCUCACCAGAGACCUUUGAAGACGGUAGUGCUAGCGUUGCCAAUCGAGAUAGAACUCCCCCUGCAAAGGCACAAGUAGUGGGGUGGCCACCGAUUCAGUCAUUUCGCAAAAACAAUUUGAAGAAAUCAGAGGCAGAGGCUGCUGGGAUUUUUGUGAAAGUGAGCAUGGAUGGAGCUCCAUAUCUUAGAAAGAUAGAUCUUAAAUUGUACAAGAGUUACCCAGAACUCUCAAAAGCCUUGGAAAACAUGUUCAAGAUUAAGAUUGGUCAAUAUUCAGAGAGGGAAGGCUACAAUGGAUCUGAAUAUGGUCCAACAUAUGAAGACAAAGACGGUGACUGGAUGUUGGUUGGAGAUGUUCCAUGGAAUAUGUUUAUCAACUCCUGCAAAAGGCUACGAAUCAUGAAAGGAUCAGAAGACAAAGGAUUAGGUUGUUUGUGAAGACUACAUAAAGACGAGAGGUGACUCUGAGAGAGUCUGGUCAAGGAAGAUAGAAGAUUUUCUGAGCUUAAAUUUUUUUUUCUUCUGUUAGCUCCAUGAAAAUACAGGAAAAGAGAGGAUUUGUUGAGAUCCAAUUGUACAAAAGAAAAAUACUUUUACUUCAUAGUAUAUCCAAUAGAAGAUGAAAUGGAAUUUUGUUGACAGGGUCGA